AGCUACCGCAGCAUUUCAAAACAAACCACAAGCCAAUGAAUGUGAAGGGGCGUGUCUGAGGAACAACUGUCAAAAGAGCUAGAAAUUUCAAUUUGGUUUAGAUUUUCAGUUUAUAUCAACAAUUUACUUCACUGACUGCUACUGUGUAAAAUGCAAUGAGAAUAUGCUACUGCUAGAUUACUCUCCAGUUAAUUACUUUAGCAUGUUUUGAAUCCACAGUCGAUCAGUAGCUUUAGAUAGACAAAAAAAGCUGGAGUAACUCAGCUGGUCAGACAACAUCUCUGGAGGAAGGGAGUAGGUGACGUUCCUUCUUCAGCUGCCUUGCCUCUUCUUCAGCUUCUUUGUUUGGUGACUCAGGGACACUGGCUGUCUACUGCAGAGGGAUCUAGAUAUGGAAGGAACCAUGAACACAACAGGGUCACCACUGUGGAAUAUGACUGAGGAGACCUUAAAUGUGAUGGAGACAACAAUGAACUCCAGUGAAAACCAUAGUUUGAUUACAGGAGCAGCUCUCAAGGCGUGUGAUGCUUGGCACCCAGUUCAGAACUUCAUCCUGCCUCUCGUCUACCUGCUGGUCUUGUUCAUCGGACUCUUCAGCAACUUUAUUGCACUUCUGAUCUUCCUGCAGAAUGCCAGGAAGAUUAAAAAAGCAAUUCGAGUGUACCUGAUUAAUCUCACUCUGGCCGACAUCAUGUUUAACGUCACCCUGCCGUUCUGGGUGGUUUAUUAUUUUAAAGGCGGAGACUGGGUCUUCUCUGAGGCCAUGUGCCGGAUGGCAGGAGUGUUCUACUACGUGGCCACGUACAGUGCCAUCACUUUUAUGAUCCUCAUUAGUAUCAACAGGUACUGCACAGUUCAAAAGACAAAGCUCCCAAUUCCUUUGAAUGAGCCGACUGGAUCUUUGUACACCUCCGUCUUUGUGUGGAUGUUUUGGGUAGCGUGUGGCAUUCCCGCAUUGCUGCAGCAGCAAACAACAAGGUGGGGGCUUCACGCCACAAGAUGUUUUGAAGAACAAUCUGAAGGAAGGACAUAUGUGUACGCAUCUUUCAUUUUCUUCCUCAUAUCCUUCUUGUUUGUCAUACUGAGCUACGUUUCAAUUAUGAAAGCUCUUUCCUCCCAGAGGAACAUUCUGCAGGGCAUGCAUCGGAGGAUGGCUAGAUCAAUGGUGCUGGGGAUGCUCAUUGUGUUUUUGGUCUGUGUUUUACCCUACCAUCUUUCCCUCAUCCCCUGGGAGUUAAGCAAGGCAAAUACCAAGGGGACGCCUGGAUGUGCUCCUCUUAAGGGCAUAGAUAUAGUGCACAAAUUGAAUUUGGCUUUGUUGAGCAUGAACAGCUGUGUUGACCCUAUCAUCUACUGCUUCUCCGUAAAGAGGUUUCGCAGAGAGUUGAAGAAGAUAUUCAGAAAACUGGCCCUGCGUCUGCCGUUUCAGGCACACACAAUUGAGGCGUCAGAAACUCAAAUCAGGUCAAAUUCAGUCACUACUUCAUAAACGUCAGGCAGAUAAUAAAUGGUACAAUAUCUUAACUUAUGUGUCAACAGUCCAGUGCUUUCACAUAGACACAAAAAAUGCUGGAGUAACUCAGCGGGUCAGGGAAGACCCUUCUUCAGACUGGUUGUUUUCCCCUUCCUUGCCUUUCAGUAUGAAGAAGGGUUUCGAACCAAAACCAAAUCAAAACAGCAGAGAUGCUGCCUGACCCGCUGAGUUACUUCAGCUUUCUGUGUCUAUCUUCGGUGUAAGCCAGCAUUUGGAGUUCCUUCUGACACAGUCUAGUGCUUUACAUCUUUUCACUGAUGUAAACUGGGUGAAAUUACUCUUCGAUCAGUUAUUGUAAAACAUCUACUAGGCUCUCUCCAGUUCCAUCCAACAUCAAAUGAAACAUGAUGACUCAAGAGACGAUUGUGACCGUUUCUGUUAUGAUAAGGUCUAUACGACGAAUUUUGAGUCUCUGUUUUUAACCGUAUGGAAAAUGGAAACGGGGUAAUGUUCAACGCGAUUGCCAAUACCUGCGCCAAAGACUAAAACUAAACCAUGUCUGCCACAUUGGUGGAUUUCAUGGAGCAUUGGGUACUUGAAAAUGUAUGAGGGAUGUUUUUGUGAGGAAGAUUUGCAGGAAAAGUUCACAAUUUUUAACAGAACAUAUGAAAUGCCUAGUGUGGGGUUGUUUCUCACUAUGGAUCCUGACAUAAAUCUUCCAUUCCUGAGAGUAUUAAAAUAAAUUGCAAUUAUGUACAUGACGCUGGUAUUUUUCUCCAUUUGAAAAAAAUCCUUGUCAUUUUGGUUUCUUUGGAAACUAGUUUGCAAGCUUAAUUUUGUCACUUCUUUGUGCACAAACCAUUUCGUGGAUUUGUAUUCUGUAAUUUUAUUAAAUGUUGAAAUAUUUAUGUUUAUGUUUAUACCCUUUUAAAUCCUGACCUUGAUUUUGCUUAGCUGUGGAGUUGAAGGCAAUUAACACAAUAAUUGAGGCUUCCAUUGUGACUGUUGUUAAUGAGAAUUCUACAAAGUCUUAUUGAUUGUGUGGUUGAUGCAUGUAAAUGAAGGCUUACGCACAAAGUGUAAAAUAAAUCUGCUACUAUUUAUAGAAGACAUUGGAGUCACAGAAUAAUUUGCUUCAUCGAAUUAGUGAUGGUAUUUUCUCUCACAUUCACCAUCCA